CUUCUAGAUACGUAAUUUCCUUGCGCUCACCAGUUAAGACCUUUCUGCAUCAUGAUCAAUGCUUUGAAAAUACAUGAAAGAGAGAGAGCACAGAUUACCGGAAUGGCGUACCCAUCAUUCUCCUAACAUCUCAUUAGCGACAAAGCGCCAUAAAUCUGACGUCUUUGGAAGAGCGGGCUGCAAAAAAGCGCGUACGCGAGGAAGGUACGCAAAAUAACAAAGAACGGCGCAUAGACGAAGCACGCAAGUCAAUCAUAACCGGUUCAAGUGGUGUUUUCUCUUCGCUUUUCGGAGGUGGCACCUGAAGAUGUAGCCACCACGUACGCUGGCGUCGAGAGUCAUGUCAUACUAACAGUUAUCAAUCACGAAAUGUCACACUCUUAGUCUGCUACAUGUCAAGAACACCCGAAAAACUACUUUGCUAGCAAAUAGAAUACAUGUUACUAGAUUACAAUUGCAAUCUACUACCUGAUUAUGCCUACUGAAUACUUGUUACGCUUAAUUGGAUCACCUAUUUGAAAGUACUGUAAAAUCAUGAAGCUGGUGAUAUCAAUGAUUCCUUUUCCGUUGGUUACUUGCGCAAUGCUUGCGUCGGCGCUCGAGGUUGGACUGCUACAGGAUGAACAGACGAUGCAAGUACUGCGUGUGGUCAACAAAUAAAAGUCGUGGACCACCACGUCUUUGAUUCAAGAAACGAGAAGAUCUAAGCUUCUUCAGCAGGAGCAUCGGCUUCGCUCGACCCAGUCUCUCUGUAGCCCUCCCGGUGUCCUUUUGUGCGAAUAUAGACAGUAAAAAAAAGUACUGAAAAUACUGUCGAGAUAGACGACUAAUUCUUCUGUCCUUGCGUAAACUGGUUUGCAAUUACGAAAUGCCUACAAUAAUGUCAAAAAAGAGUCCUGCUUCAGAAUUCUAACAAAGGAUCAGGAAAUGUGAGACACUGCCAUGAUUGAGUCUGACUUGUGUAGGAAGAUGCGAAGAUGUCGCUUUCUAGAUUUUGUCCGGAAGCUGACUUUUACCGUGGGAAGUACCAUUGUCGAUUCUUCGAUUGUUGUAAACGAGUCCGCGUCGCGAAAGUCAAACGCGCUGACUCCCGAUGUUGUUGUGGAACCUACUUCCCCGGCUGAAGAGGGCCCAGGGCCCGCGCAGCCGUCGCAGCAGCCACAAGAAGAUCAGGCUCAGGAAGUCGUGCGAUCGCAGUCGAGCAAGAGCUUGUGGAUUUUUGCGGAUGCUGGUGGCCUUGCGCCGCAUGCGAUGGACGUCGACGACGAUGUAGCUGUUUCGCUUCUUGUGUCUCAAGAGAAAUACCGAAUUGCAGGCAUUACGGCGACGUACGGAAACGCACCUACGAGAGUGUGCUACGAGAAUUUGAAAAUUCUUCUUCAUCGCCUAGAGGCUGCCCGAAAGCCGAUGGGGAUCCAUUCCCGUAGACGUAUCAACGACGAGGGAAGAACGCAGAAGCAUGUACCCACCUUGCCAGAAAUUCUCUAUCGCGCAGAUGAGUGCGCUCUGCCAUUGCUGCCUGGCCUCUGUCGCGACUUCGGAGAAGAGGAGGCCGAUGUUGAGAACACGAGCGAUCGAGCAUUCCUGCAACACCUACAAGCAAGCGACGCAAAAAGUGUAAUAGUUGUUAUCCUCGGCCCGACAUCAGCGUUAACUGCCGCAUUGCGUCGGGGCUCGCGGAUGUCUUCGACAUCUUCAACCAGCAAGUUCCAGAUGCUGCACCUUUCGAAGAUCGACUCUGUGCAUUUCGUUGGCGGUAGCUUAGUUCCUGUGCAUGAGCGGGAUUUAGUGGAAGAGCACGUUUCUCUAUUCUACCAUUUAGGGGAAAGCCGUGCCUUUCUGGAGGACUUUUUGCAUGGCAUGCCGACGGUGAGGAAAGUGAUGUAUACGAGUCAGACACUAAACGAGGUGCAAGUUUACGAUAAAGAACUCCUCUCAAGAAUCGACUGCGGAGGCCAGCAGGCACGGAGACGCCCUAGUGUACUUCAAUGCCAAAAGUCACCAUCCACCGCAUGCUCCAGUUCGAAGAAGUGUCUAGAAGAGGACAUGUUCGACAACGAGGAUGGCACGACAGGAGGUCGGGAAAAUAGCACAGCACCUGUCCGAAGAAGAUGUCGUGAGGAUGCUGAUGACUACCGAGUUGUGCAGGAAGAUGCAGAAGUCCAAGAGGACCACGCAGAACAUACAAGAGGAGUAGAGCUAACAACAUCUCCAGACGAAGACAACUUGAACGCACCAUAUGAUGAAGCCAAAAGGUCUCCUGCGACUCCAUUUCAGUCCUAUCUGUGCCCUUACGUUCCGACUCUGCUGCACGAGGCGGCAAAAGAGCGGUGGAAACCGAUCUUUGGUCAAACUGGACAACUUUUUGACCUCGGAGUCGUUUUCGGCGUGCUCCAUCCCGAAAUCUUUGCAAAGUAUCAACCUGCAGUCGUAGAUGGCUUGUGGCCCUUUCGCAUGCGAAUUCUAGAUAGCGUCGCGAGAAAGAACGCUGACAUAAUUUUUAGAGAAGACAGAGAGAUUUAUGGUGGCACGGGCAAGCAAGACGGCGUGACAAGUUUUGGAGUAGAUGACAGAGAAAAGAGUGGUGCUGAUCAUCUGGAAGUAGUAGAGCAAGAUGAUCAUGGCAAGAGCGACUCCAACGCUCUCUGGGUACCAUCGCAGGCUAACAAAUUUCUGUUCCGCGCACUCUUUCACGGCAGCAUUCUCUUUCAAGACGACAGUGCAUGUGAAGAAAGGAAUGAAACGACCUGCGAUCAUGGUGGAGAGACGCGAAGAAGCAUGGAUAGUACACAACGAAUGAUGUUGAAACAGAAGAUUAAAAAGAUCCUCAUUCCAACGGUUUAUAUUGCGAGAAAUAGUAGCACGCGAGACGCAGCGCACGCCAGCGCCGGUGUUUUUUCGGAAAAGACAGCGACAAAUGAGUAUACUCGAUCAACAGUAAUGCCGUCUCCACUCCCACCUUUUGCUGUCCUUCAAAACGGAUGCAGUUUCAACCUAAUAUUGCACUAUCUUUGGCGACCGGUUUCAGCAGUCGUCCGGAAUAUCAGAGCGGACUGGAUUGUCCUAAUUAACUUGCGAUCUAUUUUGUUCUUAGAAGUGAUGUUUUUGUCGCUGAUGGUUCCACUUUUGUUGCGAUUUGUCAUUAGACAAAUGGCCAACUACCCGUUCUUGUCGACGGUAAAGACGUAGAAAAUAAUCAAUAUCUCGUUGAUUCAAGAAGUAGGGUUGGUCCCCUCGGGGACAUAAUCACGUCGCAAGAAUACCACAGUAUCGCUAGCCGCUUGUCAAGCAACUAACGAGUCACGCCAAGAAUCAGAGGGCAUGGGAGGUUUCUCGAUUUCGUGCCGUCUAUCGUUUUUGAUGCACACAUAUUUCCUUCUGCUCCUCAGUACGUUUUCAUUGAAAUAACAUUGAUUCAUUGUAAAAAACAAUGUUUUCUCGUGCUUCUAAUUUUAUGAUAUUACUCAGCGCUGCGGAUUAGUAUUAUGCAUCUGUAUCCUUUGUGUCAUGUUCAUCGAUUACUCCUUAGAAAGUAACUUGAAGGGGUUCGUUGAAGCCGAUUCUUAUCACGCUUGAUUUCCUUUUGACCAUUCUCUAUGAUAGGAAUAGAGGGGUUUUCGUGACUGUGUCUCCUGAAAGGAGUCUUUUCUUGACACAACAACUGUUUCAUUCGCUAUCGCGGAUGCGUCAAAGAUGUUGCGUUUGUAAAAUCAUAAUGGGAAGCUGCUUCAGUGCGACCGGAGCAAUAUUUUAAGUCACGAACAUGAUGCUGAGCGUGGUUCCGUCGUGUAUGAAAUUCAGAGGCAAUCAAGGGGGUACGCAAGCUGAACAAAGCUACAACUUUUUGAUGCUAAGAACCUACACCUCUGGCCCAUCUGGUUUCCUCUCGCUUGUGAAAGAAAACACUCCGAAUGCUCGUAUUUGUUCUUUUGUUUCCUUCCCUUUUAAAGACUUAAUGUUGUUGGUCGAAUCAGUUUCGGCGUUUUCAUAGUCGUGAGCGCUCACCUCUCCGAGGCGGGCAUGCCGAG